AUGGACCUAAUACAGUAUCGAAAGCAACAGCAAAACGGUGGCUUCAACGAUUCCGUUCCCGUUAACGAUAAGAACGUCGAAAAUGAGGGACGCUCUGAAAUCGUCAAGUCGGACUGUCAUGUGAGCACGUAUUCCAUUGCCCAGGAACUGAAGAUAAGCCAGAAAACUGUUUGCAACCAUUUGUAUGAGGCUGGUCCCAAGAAAAAGCUCGAUGUAUGGGUGCCGAAGACAACGCCAGGCCGUACACAUCUUUAA